CGCAAAUUUACAUGACGCCAGACUAGAUGAGACGUUUCCGUUGACCCACGAACACAGAGGAACUUUAGCCGACUCGACGUAACUUGAUAAGGCCUUCGACUAGGAACAUCAGUCACAUCGGACACACGACCGGAUGCCACAUCAAUCACAACAAAUAAUGACGAUCUGAACGUUUUAACCUAGCUUGGCCCUGUUGGUGCAGGUGCAAAUAUUCCGGUAACAGAUAGCCAUGUCGAUGCGAGUAUUGAUCCACGACUAUCCUCAUCGGACUGUGGCCCUAGCGACGGAUAAACAUGUCCUGAUCUUCCGACAUUCCCACACCCCGGCGGAGAAUGGGCGAAACUCGAGUUCGACGAGUUUACCCUUGUCACUCAGCUCUACUCGGUCCAGCUCAACGCCUCGUUGUAUGGUGGAAUUUGCAGAGAAGUCGUCCAUUGACUUAAGUCCCUUCUACCCAGUCACGACCGCCAAGGGGACACUGGGUUUGAUAACACUAAACAACGAUGUUUUCCUGUGCGUCAUCACAGGUUCCGAGGAGGUGGCUGCCGUGAGACGUGGAGAGACUGUACAGAAGAUCUAUGCCGUUGAAUUCUACUGCCUCAAUCGAGCCGAUUAUGAUCAAGGCCAUGGACCUUACCCGAAUCCAUAUCCUGGCCAAUACUUCCAGUCCGAUGAAGUUGAUUAUGGCGCAGGCUAUGACCAAGGCGAUUCUGCCGCUGAACACCCUUUUAAUGCUUUGAAAAAGUUGCUUAGUAACGGGAAUUUCUACUACAGCCUUGACUUUGACCUCACCCGGCGAUUACAGGAUAGAGCUGAUGUUGACUCAGCGGUCGAUAUAUCUAGCUUGGAUGAAGGUCUUCUCUGGAAUUCAUAUAUGAUCGACCCUCUUCUCAAAUUCCGAAGUCGCCUUGCCGACCAUGAACGGACUGCACUCGACCACUCCCGACUCUUGACAUCCGUGAUCCGCGGUUUCGUUAAGAGUCUCCCUGUACCACCAUCCUCGAAUCCAAUUCACGGGGCGACGCCCAGCCUUCCCGCUACACUUACUGUUAUCUCUCGCCUUUCCUCUCGUCGAGCCGGAACUCGCUUCAAUUCACGUGGUGUUGAUGACAACGGCAACGUGGCAAAUUUUGUCGAGACAGAGACCAUUUUCUAUACGCCCUCCUCCGGCCUAUGCUUCAGUUACACUCAAAUUAGAGGCAGUAUUCCCAUAUUCUGGGAGAGCUCAUCCUCCCUAAUCCCGGGACAGCAGAAAAUUCAGAUCACACGCUCACCCGAAGCCACGCAACCUGCAUUCGACAAACACUUCUCCGCGCUCGAACGAACAUACGGAGCCGUGCAUAUAGUCAACUUACUUUCUGCAUUCAAGCCGGGCGAGGUCGAACUCACGGAGCGGUAUCGAUACCAUGUCAAACAAAGUCCCUUACGACGAGACGAAGAAGGUGAAGAGGAAGAGCAUCAUCUACUCAGGGAGACAGAGUUUGAUUUUCAUGAGCGCACGAAGGGCGCAACAGGCUACGAAGGGGCAAGAGCAAUCAGGCCUUAUCUCGACUCUAGCGCGGAAAGUUUCGUUUAUUUCCUCAGUGAAGAAGUGAGCGAGGAGAGCAUCGUACAGGGUAAGCGGACGGUGACGAAGCGUUCUGUCGUGAUAAUGCAGCAGAACGGCGUCUUCAGAGUGAAUUGUUUGGACUGCCUUGACAGAACAAAUUUAAUCCAAGGUAUGGUCAGUCAAAUGGCGCUUGAACUGUUUUUGGGCCAUAGAGGCGAAAGAGCGAACUCAGAUUUCUGGAUGCGGCAUUCAGCGUUGUGGGCUGACAAUGGAGACACCUUGAGCAAAAUCUACGCGGGCACGGGAGCACUGAAGAGUUCUUUCACCAGGCACGGUAAAAUGAGCCUCGCCGGAGCAAUUGCAGAUGCGAGAAAGUCAGCAACAAGACUGUAUGUCAAUCACUUCGAGGACAAGAACCGACAAAACACCGUGGACCUGUUACUGGGAAGGUUGGUAGGACAAAACAGUGUAGAUCUGUUUGAUCCGAUCAAUGACUGGGUCGUGUCGGAGAUCGGAAGAAGGAGGGCCGAAUUUGAAACGCGAGAUAUGGUGAAGCUGGGGGUCGGUACGUACAAUCUCAAUGGAAAGAUCAGUGGAACACGGGAAGAUCUCAGCCCAUGGUUGAAGGCGCGCGAGAUGGGCCUUGACAUAUUUGUGGUGGGCUUCCAGGAAAUUGUCGAGUUGAGUCCCCAGCAGAUUAUGAGCACCGACCCGAACAGGCGCAUGAUGUGGGAAAAGACAGUGAGAGCUUGCCUAAACGGGGAGCCACCAGGUGAAGAAGAUGAGAAAGGAAGUGCGUCUACUAGGAAGAUCAAGGAAGAUGACUAUGUGUUGCUGCGGAGUGGACAACUUGUUGGGGCGGCGCUUUUGGUCUUUGUCAAGUCCAGCAUUCUCCCCAGGAUCAAGAACGUCGAAGGUGCCAUCAAGAAGACAGGCAUGAGUGGAAUUGCUGGAAAUAAAGGAGCGGUGGCUAUACGCAUGGACAUCGAGAGUACGAGCGUCUGUUUCGUCACGGCGCAUUUGGCGGCUGGAUUUGCGAAUUACGAGGAACGAAAUCGAGAUUACCAGACCAUCACCUCCGGUCUGAGGUUCCAAAGGAACAGGAGUAUCGAAGACCACGAGGUUGUCGUGUGGGCCGGCGACUUCAACUACAGAAUUGGUCUAGGGUACGAGAAAGUCAAGGCGUUGGUCAAUGAGGCGAUGAUUGGCAACGAAAGGACCCGAGAGGAAGCUCUGGGGAAGCUGUACGAAAAUGAUCAAUUGAACAUUCAAAUGGUGGUUGGGAACUGCUUCAAUUUCUACCGCGAGGGUAGGGUCAAGUUUCUCCCUACGUACAAGUACGACAUCGGGAAGGACGAGUUUGAUUCGAGCGACAAGCAACGUAUCCCGGCUUGGACGGACCGGAUCCUCUGGAAAGUCAAUCACAAGGGUGUGCAGGGAGGUGAUGUCCUGGGCACACAAAUGCGACAAUUGGAGUACUACAGCGUGAUGAAGCUCAAGUUCAGCGAUCAUCGGCCGGUGUGGGCCUUGUUCGAGAUGGGCAUCUUGGUGGUGGACGAAGCCAAGAAGGACGAGCUCACGAAGCGGCUGUACAGCAAACGAGCCAAAGAGACGAAGGCCAAACUCGCCGGGGCUGGGGAUUCCACCGAGGGACUGUCGGUUUCAGAUACCGUCGACGGCAGCGACGAUGAUGAACUGGAGAGUCUGAGUGGGUACAAGAGCAUUCAAGAGGGAUUACCACCGGCCAGCAGUGACAAGAGAAAAUGGUGGUUGGAUGGGAACAAGGGAGCUCGAAGUACUCUGAAACCACCCAACGACUGGAUGAUAUUGAACCAGGAUCGAUCGGCGAACCCCUGGAAAGAGAGGGACGGGGCAGAGGAUGACUGGGUGGAAGUUGAAAGGCCCCAACAAAAACCCGAACCACCGCCAUCGAGAGGAACGACGAGAAGAAUGGUCCCACCCGCGUGGGAAGGAGAGCGGUUUGUGUCGACCGGCGGUAAUAACACGAGACCCGAGGCGGAAAAGGGCCAGCGAGGUCCUGUACCACCAGCGCCGACGCCGAGGGGUGUUUCAGUGGCGAGGACACGAGCCGCGACUUCGAGUGUGGCGUCUUCACCAGGGACGUCUGCGGCGGGAUCGGGUCGAGUGUCGCCGGAAAAAGUGCCCAUGAGAUCAUCUUCGACCGUCGCAAGGAAACCACCGCCUCCGAAGCCGGUCAAACCGUCGACCCUGACGACGUCGUCCAGUCAGGUGGCCAUACCUCAGUUGAGCCCUCUUCCAGCACCAGUGUUGUCCUCUGGGCAAGACCAAGACCAGUACCGACCAGAAAGGCCACCACCGUUGCCCAAGAGGACGGGUACGAUGAGUUCGACGGCAUCUUUUGUCAGUGCCCCAGACAUGACGAGUACAACAGGUUCAGACCUUGGUGGACAGAGGAAGAGUAUCAGCAACAACAACACUCAACAAACUCAGCAGGCAUCUCUACCUCCACCUCCACCACCCAGGAGGGAAGUUUCUUCUUCUUCUGCAGCUGCAGCAUUGCUGCCUGCCCCGGUACGCAAAUUGACUCCUCUACAACAAUAUCAACAGAGAGUUCGAGAGGGUGGUGGUGGUAGUAGUAGUAGUAGUGGUGGUGGUGGUGGUGAUGUCUCAGUGCAUUCCAAAGGUAGGACAAACGAAAACAGCGACCAAAGUGGCCCGCCCGUGCCGCCUCGUCAUACUGGUGGUGGUGGUGGUGGUGGAAACGAUGGAGGGGGACUCAUUAUGGACCGAGACGAUGAUGGAGACGAUCACAGCGGAGGCGGAAGUGGAUUGGACGAUCGGUAUAAACCUCUUGUGCCUGGGUGAUGUAGAGGUUUUGAAGGUUUGGAAAUGUCUUUCUUCUCGUCUAGGCAUCAGUAGGAAAGAAAACUUUUCAUCACCUUCAACCAGACAUUCUACAAAGUAUAACAAAAUGAGGACCCGUAGAAAAGUCGACA